AUGUUAGAUGAAGGGACGUUUUUCACCGUUCAUUCUGCUGAAUGGAUGGAUAAAAAAGAUUUGAUUGUUAAGAAAUUGAAGGUUGACUACAAAUUUUUAUGCUAUCUCGAAGCACAUUAUCAUCGUAGGAUAACACGAUUAGAACUAUCGCACACUGUUCAACUGUCGUAUUUGUACGAAGAUAAGAAUAAUAAAGAUUUAUGGAUGUUCUUCCCAAAAUACUCACAGAAUUUAACAGAUUAUUUGGAGAAAAACAGUGUGGGAGGAGUAACAGUUGAUAAAAUACUAAGUAUUGCAUUAGACAUAACCAAUGCUUUAGCAGAAUUACAUGCAAAUGAAAUUGUACAUCGAGAUAUUAAAGCUAAAAAUGUGUUGUUAAAUGGAAAAGAUGAAUGCUAUUUAGCUGAUUUUGGAACGUGUCAAACGAGUGUAAUGAACGGUAUUGACUUUUCAAAACGACAUGAUGUUGAUAGACAUGAUGUUAAAGCCGAAGAUAUUUGUUUGUUUGGCGAGCUUGGUUUGUUUCUGACAGAUCGUAGUGUAAGUGCGUCAGAUGAAACUACAAAGAGACUUAAUGAAUUUAAGGAAUUGUUAAACAGAUGUGUGAAUGUCGAUAUAACAGUACGUCCGAAAGCAGCGGUCAUUGCUAAAAAAAUUAAGGAAAUAAGAAAAGAAUUAUAA